AUGGGGCGGCGUGGACGUGAUGGCCCAAUGACCGUUGGAGGACGCGCCCUCGGUCGAGCCCGGCUGGCGCUGGCGCUGGCGCACCUGCCCGCCGCGGUGUCGCUCUGCAACGACACCUGCACCAACGUCGUAGUGCGGCCCGGGGAGGUGGAGGGGGGCCCGGACACGGUGGAGGUGCUGGAGAGCGGCGAGGCCCACGAGCUGCCGGCGGGCACGGAGCACACCUCGUACGGCGCGGAGGCAGACGCGUUCGACGGCGAGGUCGUCGUGGGCGGGCCGUCCACCCUCAGCGUGCCGUACAGCAGCAUCCGCGUCCUCGCGGAGAUCUCCCUGGAGAUGCGGAAGGCCGCGCAGACCUUCGCGCGCUGGCUCAACGCCGAGCGGGGCGGGCUCCAGGUGCGGGGGGCGCGCCUGGCCAUGAAGGUGGUCUUCGUGGACGACCGCGGCUCGAGGGCGCAGGUCACGAACGCGACGGCCCGCGCCCUGCGCGCCCGGGGGGGCGUGCACUUCGCCCUGGGGCCGUAUAGCUCGGGCCUCACGCAGUACGCGGCCCGGCAGGCCGACGCCGACGGGAGGCUCAUGAUCAGCGCCGGGUCCAGCUACACCUACGUCUACGAGCAGAACUUGACGCGGCUAUUCGGCUUCGUGCCCCCCUCCUGGGAGAUCUUCGGCCUCAGGGCCAUCCUGCGGGCCGCCGCGGAGCGCGACGACGCCGCCGCCGGGGCCGGCGCGGCGGCGGCCGCCGCCGACCUCUGCGGGGCCGCCGGAUGCGUCUCGCAGCUGCGGUUCGGGAUGCUGGGGCAGGGCUGCGACCCGGGGGCCAUGCGCGACGCGGAGGAGCUCUUCGGCGCGGCCUCGCACUGGGAGCGGGUCACGGACGAGGCCUCGCGCGCGGAGCUCGGCCUCGCCCUGCGGCGGCUGAAGGACCGGGCGGUCACUGUCCUCUUCAUCUGCAAGCUCAGCCUGGAGACCCUCGUGGAGGCGACCCGGCUCAUGUCGGAGCCUGAGCUCGACUACGAGGUGCACGCUUUGAUGGGCUUCGGGCUGGUCUCCUCGCCGCGCUUCCUCGCAGAGCUCAGGAUGGGCUGGUGGCAAGGCGCGCAUUGGCUCGAGCCCAUCGCGUGGCAUGGGACAAGCGGCUCGGAGAUCCGCGGCAAUUUCAGCAACCUGACCUCCCAGGAGUUCCACGCCUUGUUCUACGACCAGUGGAAGCUGGAGCCGUCCUACUUCGCCGCCGCGCAGUUUUGCGCGCUCUGCGCCCUCUCCGAAGCCAUCGAGCAGGCCGACUCCCUCGAGUCAGACCUGGUGGCCAGCGCGAUGCGCAAUCUGUCGUCCCUGACCUAG